AGUUUCCAGAAUAAAUCUCCUAAAUAAGUAAUAGGCAAAGAAAAGGAGACUGAGACAGAAAGUGGUUCCAAAGACCAAGUUUCACAGAGGAAAAAGGGCUCAAGGUGUGUCCAUGGCUAAUGGGUCUCGGUGACUUGAAAAAUGGGAUUACGUCAAGCCAUUCUUCUGCCAUUAGGAAAGUCUACAAACAACCAUGCCAUCUGAGAUGAAAGGAAGCAACGGAGAUGCAGACCAGGGCUAGUUCAUCAGCUCCACCAAAAGAGAAGUCUGUUGCUGUAUUUUCUUUGACCUUUCGAGCCAAUUAUUUUAAGAACGUUGCCGUUUUCAAAAUCGGCCUUUGGAAUGCGUGUUUUUCCUCUUCCUUCCUUGUUUCUGCUUCCUUUCGUGUUGUGUCCUUUAGAUUAAAAGCAAAGCUGCAGAUCUGGGAUACGGCAGGGCAAGAAAGGUUCCGGUCCAUUACGCAGAGCUAUUACCGCAGCGCCAACGCAUUAAUCCUGACCUAUGACAUCACCUGCGAAGAAUCAUUCCGAUGCCUCCCCGAAUGGCUACGGGAAAUAGAGCAGUAUGCCAGCAAUAAGGUCAUAACCGUCCUAGUGGGAAACAAGAUUGAUUUAUCCGAUAAGCGAGAAGUCUCCCAACAAAGAGCUGAAGAGUUUUCCAGAGCCCAAGAUAUGUACUAUCUGGAGACGUCCGCAAAAGAAUCCGAUAACGUGGAAAAACUCUUUUUGGACUUAGCUUGUCGGCUGAUCAGCGAAGCGAGGCAGAACACCCUUGUGAACAAUGUGGAGUCCCCCUUGCCCGGUGAAGGGAAAAGUAUCAGCUAUUUGACUUGUUGUAAUUUUAACUGAUAGCAUUUGAACCCCAAGAGUUAUGACUGCUCCUUCUUAAGGCCUCUCUCCAGAGGCAAAAUGCUGCCACCGUGACCCAGUCUGACUGGUGCAGAUGGUCAGAUAUCCGAUCAUGAAGCAUGGCAGGCCUGCAGGGUCAGCAUAGAAUAUAAUCCUUUCUUUUUUUUCUUUUUAACACAUCCCCCCAACCCCGGAGCCCUGCAAUAUGGAGGAGAUUAGGUUUCAAAAAGGUGCUAGGUAGCGGCUGGUCAGGCCGUGGUUUCACUUCUUGGAAGCAUCUGGGAACCUUCCUGGGAAAUGCAGGAUGAAUUUUGCUUGCAGAAGAUAUUUCGGAUCCUUAAAUAAGGCAGUUGAAAGGCACAUCAGGCAGCUUCUCUCGGUUGCCAGCUAAGCAAAUGCUUGUAUAUAAAUGAUGACCCAGAAGUGCCAUUUCUUACGGCACAACUCCGCCAACUGUGCUUGUGCGUGCGUGUGUCGUUUUUGGAGAAAAAACCCUAUGUAUUAAUGUUUCCAUGUUCUGGCAUUUUGAUAAACAUGGAAGUUAAAAAUGGGUAUGCCAGCAGUUUGCAAUCAGCAGGGGUUGAGGUUGGAUCGGUGCUGUUUCGGUUCUAGGAGUUCAGUGAACUAUUCCCGAGGCUAAAUUUCAGCUGCGGUUGGCUUUCUCUGUUCUCCACGGACAGGAGGUAUGUUUGCUGAUAAGUACGGAUUGUAAAUAUAAGCAGCCUUUUGGUUGGUUCAAGCCAGCAUGGCACUGUUCAUUCUGACUAGAUACCGAUGAUACGGAUUUAAAAGUUGGCCACUAGUAUCUCUGCACUUCUGAUCAAAUAAGUAUUCCAAACUUUGCAACUCAACUCAGCAUUUUCUACUGUUUUGCCAUAUGGUGGGGCUUCCCCUCCCACUUUGUUUCUUGCAGAAAUGACCUAGUUAAGUAUUGUUAAUACUUUUUCCCCCCCCGGGACUUAGCAAAAAUAGCUCCUUUGCGGGAAAUGCUGGAUACUGGAAAUCUGGACUGUAGAUAUGGUUAUUUGUUCGAGAGAAUACUGUAGCACUAAGACUGGGGCUAUACCUAUGCACAAAUGUAAUAUGUGGGAUUCUCUACUGUUGGUGCACUUGAGGAAUUUGCAGCUAGUGUGCAUUAAUGUCAAAUGCUUGUCCUAGGAAGGUCUCAAGGUCCCUCUAGAAAAGAGCCGUUCAACAUAGGAGGUAGCCUGUAACGGCUGAAUCCUGGGUACGCUCUUCAUUAGAACAAUAGCACCGUGUCUGGAAAUUACUCUCUCGUUGGAAAGGGUGUGCACAAUUUCAAAGGGUUUUUAUAUGCUUAGGGGGGAAAAGUCGUGUUCUAAAUCUGUUUCAGAGCUUUAUUGAAGCUCUGAUCACCUUGCAAAACGUGCAAGCCAUUGAACAGGCAGAAACACUUGAAGGUUCGUUUGUCGCCGUACUUGGGCUUAAACGUGUGCGUGCUCACGUAUGUGUUUGUGUGCGUGCGUGUAUGCAAAGAAUGGUUUAGGCAAUACCCUUGAACCAAAGCCUCAGUGUUGGAAGGACUGAACACAAUGUCCUACCUUCCUCGCCAUCCUUACGAGACCUCUUCGACGAAUGCGUUCGCUUUUGCAAAGUCAACACUAAGUAUCCAAUUGAAGGAGUAGGUGCAGAUUCCUUAGAGACUGGUGCUCACUUAUUUACCUGGAAGAGACAGAUGAACUGUCUGGAUGGCUAUGGACUCACAACAGAUCGCAAGAUUAGUAUUCUAUGGGUGGUUGUUCCAUAUUUAGCAUCACUUAAUUUGAUAUUUGGAGAAGCAGAAAGGUUUUGGCACGGCACGAAAUGAAGAGGUACCAGUGCGCAAUCUUGAGCAGCCUCCGGUGAAAGCCAUGGUAUCUUAAAUUCAGGAGGGCCGGCUAGCACAGGAAGAUUAGGGGUGGCGUUGUGCUCAAACCUUGACCAAUGGUCCCCUUUUGCAUUAAAAUAAAGCUGCUAAAAUUUUAGCCUUUUGGAGAAUAAAGCUUACAUUUUAAAAUGUGC